CUCGGGAAGACAUCAGCUGAUCCAGUCAACAUGGCCGCGACGCUCGGUAACACGGCCAGUCGCUUGCCUUUGAUUGUCAUUCUCGGCGCUACCGGGACAGGAAAAUCCAAAUUGGCCCUGGAAAUAGCAGCGCGGUUCCAGGGAGAGAUAAUCAGCGCGGAUUCCAUGCAGGUGUACCGAGGGUUGGACAUCAUCACCAACAAGGUCACGCCAGAUGAGCUGAGCCAGGCCCCCCAUCACCUCCUUGGCUUCCUGGACCCCCUUUCCCGUUUCACUGUCACAGAUUUCCGAAACGUGGCACUCCCUGUCAUCGAGAGGCUGCAGGAGGAGAGGAAGGUGCCAGUGGUGGUUGGCGGCACUAACUACUACAUUGAGGCACUGCUGUGGAAGGUGCUAAUUGAUGGGGGUGAUGGGGGUGCCAGUGAUGGGAGGCUAGUGUACGAGAGGGACUGUGAAGUGUAUGGUGCCUCUAGGAGUGGUGGUUCUGGCCCUCAGAGGCACUGCAAGGAGUCUGGGGUGAUUGCUAGUGAAAAUGGUGGUUGUGGCCCUGGCUGGCGGUGUAGUGGUGGUGAUGGUGUCGGACAUAAUGAGUUUGAUAGUGUUUGUGGCAGUGAAAAGGUAAAUUCUGACACUUCAAGUCACUGUAGGCGGUGUGCCAGUGCCAGUGAUGAGUUUGGCAGUACGAGUGACGGUGAAAAGCAGGAUUCUGGCACUCCAAGGCACAGUGAGGAGUGUGGAGUGGACAGUGCCAGUGAAAAAGACACUCACAGCACUGAUACACAUAGUGAGUGUCAUUUCUCUAGUGGCACUGCAAGAAAGAAUAACUGUGGCACUGAAAACCAUACUAGAAACUGUGACGUGUACAGUGCCAGCGACGACAAGCCCUCUGAAGCGACCGGUGCCACACAGACACCCAAGCCUGGCACUGACACCCACAGCAAAGACCACCAACCAAACAGUGCCAGCAGGAAGGCCUCAGACGCCAGCAGUGCCACAGAAAGCCACCAGAGAGGGUGCCAGACAAACAGUGCCUCCGAGAAGAAGCGUGACCUGUCUGGCAGCGACCGGCACUCCCCCAAACGUAGCAAGGUCAGCCGGGAGACCAGUGCCGCCGACCAGAGCAAGUACCAGAGUGCCGACAGUGAAAUUGAAGUGAAUGAAGGGAAAAAUGUGGAGAAAAAUGGUGAUAGUGAUGACAGGAGUGGAAAUAGUAGUAGUGGUGAUGGUGGUGGUGGUAGAUUAACUGUGUGGCAGGAAACGGGUGAACGUACGGAUGUAUUGUAUGGCCGCCUGAAGGAGGUGGAUCCAGAAAUGGCUGCCUCUUACCAUCCCAAUGAAAGGAGGAAGAUUAUAAGGUCGCUGCAGGUGUGGGAGCAGACAGGGCGGCCCCACAGUGCUCUCCUGAGGGUGCAGAGGGAGCAGGAGGGGGGUCCGGCCUAGGGGGGCCUGAGGUUUCCCCACGCCCUUAUCUUCUGGCUCACGUGUGACCAGGAGAUCUUACUGAACCGGCUGGACGCGAGAGUGGAUGAGAUGAUUGACCGCGGCCUCCUGACAGAACUCCUCGACUUCCACGCCUCCUACAAUGCUCAGCGGCUGCGGGAGGGCGGAGCGGCUGACUACACAAAGGGUGUCUUCCAGAGCAUUGGGUUUAAGGAGUUCCAUGACUUUCUGGUGCUGUCGGAGGAGGAGAGGAGCUCGGAGAAGGGAAGGAGACUAUACGAGGCAGGGGUGGCGGCCAUGAAGCUGGCCACCAGACAGUACACCAAGAAGCAACUGAGAUGGAUCAAGAACCGGUUCCUAUCACCAUCUGACAGGAAGACACCAAGACUCGGCAUGAGUGUGAGGUGUGCCAAAGGGUCUUCAUUGGGGGACCACAUCUGGCUAGCACACCUCAAAGGAGCCAAACACAGGAAGAUGGUGAGACGCAAGGCCGCUCACCAGGGGAAGGAUGAUGGCAACACUACUACUGCUACUACUACUACUACUGCUACUGCUACUACUACUACUACUACUACUACUACUACUACUACUACUACUACUACUACUACUAAUGGUGGUGGUGGGUGGUAGGGAAGAAAGGAGAGAGCAAGGACAGGAGGUGCUGGGCUUGUGUGUGGCAACUGACCUGGAAGUGAAGGCAGGAGGCACUGGUACCGUCUAGGCCCCACCCAACAUGAAGCAGGCACCAGGCACUCCUUAACCCCCCCACCCCCCUGCCUGUCUGCCUGUCCCCCUCUCUAUCCAGGCUGAGGCACUACAACACGUCCCUGCACAUUGCACAAAGCAUUUUCCUUAUCAUUUUCAUAUAUUUUCAAGUGCCAUUUUUUUUCAGCUUCAAUUUCCCCCACCAAGACCUGAGUACCUGUUGUGUUGUGCCAGUAAUGGAGUGUGUUGUGCAGUGUUGUAUUUCUCACACCUGCUUUGUUUUGAGUCUCGUGUUGAAGGUUAAUGUCACACUUUAUGACUCCUUGUAGUGUGGUUCAUCACUAAUCGUUGGUGAAUGAAUACUAUGUACCUGUAUGCUUGUGUUGGCCAAGUAUAUUCUAGAGUGCAGUGGAAUCUCAGUUGUUGAGCCGAAUUUCUUGGUUAAUGCUGCUCAAAAUCUGAAGUGUUAGGGGAACCAAAGCUAUUUUCCCCAUAGCACUCAAUGUAGAGCAGAUCAGUCCAUUCCCAGUCACCAGGUUAUUGCUUCUUUAAACUUACAACACUACUCGGUGCACACGAUCACACAGGAAAGUCCCAUGAUGCCAGCACUCGGAAGUCAGUGAUGCCGAGUCAAUUAGGAACUGCUUUCAUUGCAUGAGCGAAAAAACUUGACAUGAGAAUCGGUUUGUGGCGAGUAGAGUGAUGACAGGCGGGCGGCAGACUCAGCUCAGUCACCCCAACAGACACGGCUGCUGCAGUUUCCCCUCAAGCCUCAGAAAGAGUGGGGUCUGUCCAGCUGGGAAGUGGUAGCACAGUGUUGCCACGCCUCAACACUCAACACGUCACUCAUGCAAUGUAGAUGAGUGUUGUACUUACUUCAUACAUAUAUUUACAACUGGGUGACUUAUUUCAUGUGUACAUUUUCAACUGGAUAAAGAAUAAGGUGCUGAGUGGCUUGUUCGAGAACCGACUUGUGGUAUGGCAGCCGAGGCAAUUAGGAGUUAAAAAUUUCGUUCGUAAAAUGAUUUGUUGGAAAAGGGAAGCAUUUGGUGACUGAGUUUCUGUUGCACUGUUGUCAUAUUCCUCACACUAUUUUUUUUUAGUUUAGUGUGAAAUUAGCAUAGUAUUUCUUUUCCAUUAACUUAUCCCUCCCGUGUGUGUGUGUGUGUGUGUGUGUGUGUGUGUGUGUGUGUGUGUGUGUGUGUGUGUGUGUGUGUGUGUGUGUGUGUGUGUUUGUCCAUCUGUGAUAUCAAAUACAUGUAAACUGAAGUGUCGCAAGUCACAUACAAGGCAGCCUGACCUGUGUGUGUGUGUGUGUGUGUGUGUGUGUGUGUGUGUGUGUGUGUGUGUGUGUGUGUGUGUGUGUGUGUGUGUGUGUGUGUGUGUGUGUGUCCGUACCUGAGUACCUGUGUUUGUACCUGUGUGUGACCGUGGCAGGCGGUGAACAAGCCCUGCCUGGCCCUGACUCCUGCCUGGUGCUGCUGAAGGAGGCUGUGAAGGGAGGCACUUUUCAUGAAAACUUAAUGCACUUGUGUUGCAGAAAGGCUGAGGGAAUGGAUGUCACUGUCUGAGUCUUGUCAAGGUUAGGUGGCUGACUGGCUGACUGGCUUAACUGUACUACCAAGGCACCACCACAGACAACAUGGCCUUGUUCACACACACACACACACACACACACAGCAACCUCUUACAUUUUCUUUACUAGUGAGCAGCUGUAGAAACCCUGUGUUAUGCCCUCAGCCUUCCCAGGGGUGUCGCCAGCUGUCCUUUGAAGGCUCUUGGUUGAAGGCUGUCAGUUGAGGGGUGUCAGUGGGACCAGGCUUCCUCACGGGCCUGACACCACAACUGACACCACAUUGUCACACCCUCAGCUUUCCCAGGGGUGUCGGCAGCUGGUGGUGAGGGUCGGGCAUAUCAGCCCCACUCAGCUUGAUACAAGUGGAUUUGGUGUGUGUGUGUGCAGGUGUGUAGUCAGUCAGUCAACCAGUCAGUCAGUCAGUCAAGGAGAUGUAUUACAGUAAAACGAUCAUAUUAUUAUUUUUAUUUUUUUAUUUUUUUUAUUUAUUUAUUUAUUUAUUUACUUAUUUAUAUUUUAUAUGGGAGGGACACCAGCCAAGGACAACAAAAAUACAUACAGAAAAGUCACAAACAAGCAUUCAUUUCCCCAACCAUUCUAAAUCAGCACAUUACUCCACUUUUGAGGGCAUUGUGUACUUGUGUGAUGCCUGCACAGACUGUUUGGGGGGGGGGGUUGGGCAGGCAGGGACCUCACUGUUGUGGCUGUGAUAGAGUUAAGCUGCAUUGUAACCUCAGAUCAGUGGCUGUGGAGGUGCAGAGCAUGUUAGGAGAGAGUAUUAGGAGCAAGGCAACUAGUGACAAGCCUUUAAGUUAGUACAUAAUUGCAUUUUUUACAGGAUUGAGUCAAGCUUGUAAUGUCCUGUGUCAUAUAAAGGUAAUGUGUUUGUGUGUGUGUGUGUGUGUUUACUGCAUUUGUUGUCAGUUGUACCUUGGAUUAGGAAACACAGCAAUCAGUAUUUGAAUGUAACACCUCUUUUGUAUUAGAUUAUAUUACAAUACAUCCAAGAUUUCACUAUAUUUUGUGCAGAAACACCUGGGUUAUACUAUGAAAAGGAAAGAAAUUGAUGUAUUUGACCCACACAGAUGCUAUUUUUUUGUGGCAGCCGAUCCUUUCUAUCAUUAUUGUUUACCAGGAUGAGAUACCCAGAAGAGAGAGAGAGAGAGAGGACAGCAGAACGUGGAAGGCUUGUGUUUGUAGUGGCAAGGAAGAGGCCAGGAAUGUGAUGUGGAUGGGAACAACAUUGAGUUACAGAAUCUUUCCUUGUGAAUGUUGACCAGCUGUGAAGUAAUUUCUGUGUUAACCCUUUCACUCCUUUGGUUGUCUUUUGCUACAUUUAGAGAUAAUAAAGGAUUAAUUUUCUAUCAAGGUUAUAUAAUUAAUUAACAUGCAUGAGUGAAAAACAAUAAUUGGAGAGUUGCAGAGGAUUAUGGGAAAAAAAAAUGGAUGGCAAUGAAAGGGUUAGAUGUAAGCCUACUUCUGACCACUUCUUCAUUAUAAAACCACUAGUUAAUGUUGCUCAUUUGUUGUAGAAUACUUUGCUAACAUUGUCCUCUUGUAUGUGUGUGUGUGUGUGUUUAGGGCUGAGGCUGCUAGAAGUGCAGAGAGAGAGAGAGAGAGAGAGGAGCUGUAAGAGUGCCCAUUAGUGUGACAAGCAAUACCCUACCUGUGCCUGUAUGCCUGUAUUUCUGGGACUAUCUAGGCCUAUCAACAGUAAACCCAACCAUUCCCAGCAGAGGAGGCCCCAGUAGUCAUCUUAUAUAGGGAGAGGAAGGCAGAGAGAGAGAGAGAGAGAGCACAGACAGAUGAAAGCUUAAACAGAAGGGCAUCCAGUUUGUGUCUUCUUGCAGCUUACUGUACAUGUCACCCCAUCAGAGGCAUUAUGGGUACAGCAGGACACACGCACACACACUUUUUUUUCUAUUUUAUUUUAUUUUCUAAGUACGCUUGGUGUUUCUCUCUCUCUCUCUCUCUCUCUCUCUCUCUCUCUCUCUCUCUCUCUCUCUCUCUCUCUCUCUCUCUUGAUGUGAUCUUGCUGGGAGUUUUGUGAAUUGUUGUUGUUAUUUUCUUUUAUAUGAAUAUACACUGAUCUCUUAUA